UUAAUCAUCUCACCCAAAGCACAUUUCAAGAACUUCAAAAUGGUUUGGCGGCAUGCAUUAGCAGAUGGUCAGAAAAACACGUCCAUCUUAAAGACUGGAGGCAAAUUUUUGACCUUCCCCUCCCUGAUCAUUGGCAACGAAUGUGGGUGGAGACCCUGAAGGAACUUUUCAUGAAGAGGGUUCGACAGAUGAAGCCUUUGCAGCAAGUACGACUUUGCAGUCAGAACUUAUCAGAGAUUUCAGCACUAGAUGACUGUCUUUUGAAAUGUGCCACCACAGCAAUCAGAGACCUUGUGAAAGAAACAUCUCCUCACUCACCAAUGGGUUAUUUGGAGGAAGUGUCAAGAUGCGAGAAAUUAAUGGAUGUGACUGUCAUGGAAAUACUAGGACCUCUGCAAUCAAAUAAGAAGGACUGGAUGUACCUUCUCAGUAAUUCUCAGUGCAGAAACCUUUUGAUUGUUUUGAAUAAAUGUCAAAAGGAAGAUUCCUGCUACAAUGAAAAACUAGAUCAAGCCAAGAAACUGAUUGAAAUUGCAGAAAAAGAAAUGAAAACAUUACUGAUCCACAUUAAGAAAAAUUCAGUGGCAUCCAAAGUGGUGCAUCAUAUUCUAAAUGAUGCUGAGGCUGAGAAAUUAUGUCAGUUGUUUGUUGAAGAGAAUGAGGAAAAGCACUUCAAGAAGGCCCUGGAAUCAGCCAGAAAUGACUUAAUUUUCCUCAGACAGCAGCAAAAACAAACUAAAGGUCUAAUUUCCCUCUGUGAUCACAUUGCUGAUAUACUCACAGUUGAUGUUAGCUACCUACGACAAUGCCAGAACAUCGAUGUUUCUAAAGAAGAACAUUCUUUGGAUGAGCUUAAGAAACAGGUUCAAGAAGCUAUUUCUGAGUCCAAAAUGCUUGGGAACAUUGAAGCUGCAUCCCAAAGUACAUACUUUAAAGCCAUUUGGUUAGAAAAGACGCUACAGACAAAGAAGACAGAAUUUAAAAAUACUUCAUCUAUCUCACUGAAUGAUGUUCUUGAAAACAUUUACAAGCCUACGUAUGAAGACAUCAGUGCGUCUUACAAACACCUCAAAGAAUUAACAAUGCCAUUAUCAGACUUAGAAUGUCUGAUAAGCAGACUGACAAAGCAUGAACUACAAAUGUUGGGGAUGAUUUGCAGUAAGGAUCCCAACCAGGCCUGGAUCAGUACGACAGCGCUUCACAUGAAACGAUACAGAGACCUUUGUUCUGUUAAGGAGCAUGCAGAGCUGUUAAUGCAAUUUAAGAAUGACUUCAGUUUGAAAGGAGAUUUCAGCAACGUGGAAAAUAUCUGUUGUAUGAACAAAAAAGAGAGAACAUUGAAGGAUGUUAGUCAUGAUAUGAAAAAAACUGCUGACUCUUUGAAAAAUAUCCCCCAAUCAUUCCUUAAAGAAUUACAAAUUUGCACCACAAAUGGUUUCAUCAAGUGGAUUAAGACUGUCAUCAAAGACAUAAGAGAACUUCCUGUGUUUGUUGACGUAGCUUCAAUCUCUGCUGGGGAAAAUAACAUGGACAUAGAUAAAGUUUGUGAUUUUAGAGAUGCAGUCUUGGGCUCUUCAUCAAUCAUUUAUGAUUUGAAUGAGACUUCUGGAUUCAGUGAAUUAAUGGAUGCAAUCGAGAAGCUAAACAAGUCCCUCGAGAAUGACCAAAAUCUUGAACAAAAACUGAAAAAUUCCCUCAUUCAUAGAGAGUGGUUAGUAAAUGCUCAUGAAAUUCAUGGAGCAGUGGCCAAAACAUGUCUAAUUCAAGCCAGAGAAAUAAACAGAAAUGGGAUUUAUGUCAUCAAAAUGCUUCCUCAAAGUAAUGCUUCUCUGGACAAUUGUAUCUCUCUUCGAAUAAAGGAAAGCAUUGGAGAUCGAAAGAGGGAAGACAAGGGAUCAGACCAGACGUACAAAACAUACAACCUAGCUGAAUUAAAAGAACUGCAGAAUAAACUUAUGUUAAUCAAACUGAGUGGUGAGCAAGGAGGAGAUGACAUUUUGAGAUAUGUAGAGGUUUUAGAACAAGUUUUACUUAUAGGAGACAUGAUCCUUAAACUCUUUGAUGCUGGAAAUGUCCUGUUCAUGGACUGGUCCUUUACAGCAUAUUGUAAUCCUGACCAUGAUCUAAAGGUACUCCUUGAAUUCGGCAUUGCUGGAAUGACUAUCAGCGGACACAAGGACUUGGUAGAGGAGCUGAAAGAUGUUUAUCGUGGCAUGCAAGACUGCCUUGACAAGUGGCAUGAAUACCUGCAACAUCACAGGAAUAAAUAUUAUUAUCUGAAUUACUUCAGUGCCAAACAACUAGUAAAUUUGUGUUCCAUCAUGCCAAAGGUACAGCAGAAAAAAGAGGUUGGAUGUUCAGUGCUGAACAUGCUCUCUUUCAUAAAGGAGAACAUUACUGAAGCAGAUUUGUUCGACUCUUUCACAAAAGCACUACAAACCCCAGUUGAAGUUGGUGGUGCAAACAUGUCGCUUGAACUUAGAAAUUAUCUCGCACAUUUUCCAAAGCUAAUUGAUGAACUUAAGGUAGCUGGUUUUUCUGAGGAUCAAGCAAAAGCUUCAGUAAUAUACUGCAGCCAAAAUACCAUGUACAGAGAGACUGCACUGGAUGAAGACAACGUGAUGAGUUGUAUCUAUGAUCAUGUGGAUGAUGACGAAUGGGUGAAGACAUGGAGUGGACAGUAUGAGGAAGACAGAGAACAUGUUCUUCAGAAUCAACUGAAGUUCAAAGUGUCACCUUCUCAGAAGCAGAUUCCGUCUUCUUUUGAAAUGUCAGAAGAGGAGGCAUCUAUAAUGUUCAAAAGCUCAUCUUCCUGCCAGGAGAAAAUAGUGAUGCUGUGGGAAGCAUACAGCAAAAGAUUGGCUGGUUUUGUUUCGGAGAAAUACGUGGGGUUAGACAUAGUGGGUGAAACCCUGAAGUUCCUGGCAGAAACUGAACAGAUCCCUGUGAAGAGGAAACUUCCUUAUUACCUUGACAAGUCAAAACCAAAUCUUGUAACAUGCAAAGAUGAGGAUAUGCUGCCACUUUGUUUAUCUAUAUAUAAUGACGAGACGCAGCCUCUGCCAACCUAUGAUGAAAUGUUGAUAUGCACUUCAGAAACACCUGCAGAAGAGGUUGAACUGAUUAUUCGAAGGGCAAUUCAAUCUGGGUGCAAACAUGACAAAAUCUACUGUAUCUUAAAUGCAGAUAAACUGGAUCAUGAUGUAUCUAGAAAAUUUGAAUCUUACUUCUAUCAAGUGUCCCAGAAGCUAAGUGACACACAGUUAAAAGAGUACAGGUUGAUCAUUUUCUGUAGUUCCGCAGCUCAACACAGUUAUGUUCUAACAGCUUUUUACGAAUACAGAAAAACAGAACAGCCCUACUCCAUGGAAGACGUUCAGAAAUAUUUGAAAAAAAAAUUGAAAUUAUCCAGCAAAAGUGGGUUUGCAGAAUUCAUUGUACCCAAGCAGUUCCAACAGAACACAAAAUUGAUUUCAUCUGAAGGAGCAGGGAUGGGUAAGUAA